UAGUGCUUCUGCUCCUCUGGAGUUCAAUGGGAAGCAGUGCUUUAAAAUACUUGUGUGCUACUUAUUUUGUGGAUGGCUGAGGAAUCAAGAAGCAAAUGGAGGGAAUGGAUACCAGAAUUCAGGGGAUAAUACAAUUACCUGCUAGCCUUCAUCUUCUCUCAAUGGAGUUUUGACAGGGCAUUAAGAUGUCUGUGGACAUGAACAGCCAGGGCUCUGACAGCAAUGAAGAGGAUUAUGACCCUAAUUGUGAGGAGGAGGAAGAGGAUGAGGAUCCUGGGGAUAUUGAGGAUUAUUAUGAUGGGGUAGCUAACGACGUGGAGCAGCAAGGAGCAGUUGCCUUUGAUCCAGAGGAGUAUCAGUUCACCUGCCUGACUUACAAGGAGUCGGAGAGCACUCUGAAUGAACAUAUGGCCACCUUGGCUGCCACAUUAAAGGUAUCACAUGCCAUUGCAAAGCUAGUAUUAGUUUCCACUGGCAAAUCUCAGAGAUUUUGGAAAGACACUUUCCUUAACCCAGCGGAGGGCUGUACAGGGUCAAAGAAAAUUAUGUGAUGUGGUAUUAGCUGAGCACAAAAGCAAAAGCAGGGAAAAGGAACUUCUUCAACAUUCGGAUCACCAUCAGCAGAUGCCCCCUCUCAGGGAACCACACCCCUCACCUACUAAAACUUCCCAGGAGCUGCACCAAAAUCCUCAUGGAAUUACUCUUAGAAAAUCAAAGCUCUUAUUACCUAACGAACACAAACUUUAACCUCCCAGUCUUCCAAGCCAAAGGCAUGUCCCUGAUAGCUGAAUGCACCAUGGUGAGAAACAAACUGGAUCCUUUUCACUACAAGCAAAACCUCCAUCUGGAUUUCUGGACUCCAAGCUGCCUUGAGUUUUCCCAACUUCCCAUGGUCCUCAGGUUGAGAUUUCAGGGGCUUUAGUCUACAAGUCCAAGAACUUCUUUCAAUGAUAAAAACAUUCAAAGCUUUCCCAUCUGAUCCUGCUCUUCAGGUCAGUGUUACACAGCCACUUUCAAAAUGCUUUUACACCUCAUCAGAUGUGGCCUUUCAGAAGGCUCACUGUACAUGAAAUUCUUCUUUGGUUGUUUGAGAAAUCAAACAGCAGCAGAUUUUAGGUCACUGUAAAAUAAUCCCUUCUUUCUUGCGUAAAGCAGUUCUAGUUCUAGACUGUAGAUACACAACCAAAAGUUGUGUCUGAAUCUGAAACAAGGAACUGAAGCACUGAGUGUUGUAGGCCAAAACAGAGCCUUACCUAAUGACUGGAAAAAGGCUGAAUAGCGGCAUUCGUAGAGAGAAAAGAGAUACUGCCGUACAGAUGGCAAACUGUGUAAUGCUUCCAGAAUCUCUGCUCCUUUAAUAACCUGAAAGCAAACAAACAUGUUUAAAUACCAUCACUUUCAGCCCAGAGAUAAACAGAUAAACUGUGUGGUCACCUGCUUUCCUUACCUUCUCCCUGAGGUCAGGCCUGUCCAAUGCAAUCAUGCUGACAUAGACAGUGUAUGUCACAAAUGUUUUGUAAUCCAUCAGUUCAUAGGAUGUAAAUGUUGAAACUGUGUCAAGGAAGAGCUCUGCUGCUUGUUUGAAAUCUCGAAUAGCUACACAGUAAAGGCCCUGGUACACUUUGAGACGGUUUCUCCUGUCCCAGUCUCCUCCUUCUUCUAUUAGACUGAACACAGAAUAAAAAGCAACAUUUACUUCUGUAAAUGCAUUUUGUAAAGUACAGUAAACCAACUGCUACCAUGUGAUUAGAGAAGGAAUAACUUGUUUUCUGUUAACGCCUUGCUGACACAGUCCAGGAGACUUUGUGAGAGGGGUAGGAAAGUGGCUUCCUUGGGACAGGAUAGAUGCUUUUGCA